UUUUUUUUCUCUUUUUCAUUAUUUGUUUCUACAAUGAAAUUUCUUGCUCUUGUCCUGUUUACUGCAGUUGCUUCAGCUCAAAUCACUGCACCUACAAGAAACUAUAAUGUUACAAGUCCUGUCAGUAAUGGUCCUUAUGUCGUAGGACAAAUCUUGCCAUGUACCUAUCGUCUUUUUUCUGAUGUAGAUAGUUCAGCUCUUAAUCUUCAAAUUGACUUAGUACCUACUGCUCCUGCCAUUGUACCUGCUGCUCCUUCUGCUGCCAAUACUUCUGCUAACACCACAAUUAAUGCCACAAGUACUACAAUUACUGUGGCAGCUACAGCAGACGUAUCCAAGACAGAUGCGUUUAUUAAACGUGAAGGCAAUCUUACUUAUUAUGAACAUUCAAUUAAUUUCAAUAUCCCCUCUACUGUGAAGCCAGGCAAUUACCACGUUGUAUUCUUCGACAAGGCCACUAAUACCAAGUUACCUAUUCCUAUUGAAAUCCGUCCUGCUGCUGCUCCUACUUCAGCUGGUCCUAAAGCAACACUGAGUGGUUUACCCGGCCGUCCCCAAUCGUCUGGAUCUAUUUUUGCUCAGGGUGCCGGUGCUUCCACUGCUAGUGUUUCAAAAGCCCUUGUUGCCUUGUUUGGUGUUGCCAGUCUUGCUUUCUUAUUAUAAAAGAAUAAACAUCAAUUUUAUGUACCAAAUAGGAGUGCAUCACUUAUAUGCACAAACCGGAGUUUAUUUCUUGCGUGUAGCAUUAAAC